AUGGGCUCCUUCUCGGCCACCACCAUGAGCUUCCUCCUCUUCCUGGCACUCCAGCUGCCGGGUCCAGAUGGAGCUAAUCCUGUGUACAACGCCAUGUCUGAGGCAGACCUAAUGAAUUUCAAGGAUUUGCUGGACCACUUGGAGGACAAGAUGCCUUUAGAAGAUGAGGCCGUGCCUCCACAAGUGCUGAGCGAGCAGAAUGAUGAAGUGGGGGGAGCCCUCAGCCCCCUCGCUGAGGUGCUUCCCUGGACCGGGGAGGCCAGCCCUGCCCAGAGAGACGAGGGUGCCCUCAGGCGGAGCCCCUGGGACUCCGCCAACAGAUCUGCGAACCUGAAAAAUAGGCUGAGGACGAUGCUCUCUCUGCCCCGAAGCCUGCGGAGGUCCAGCUGUUUUGGGGGCAGGAUCGACAGGAUCGGAGCCCAGAGUGGACUGGGCUGCAACAGCUUCCGGUACCGAAGAUAACAGCCGGGAGGAAGAGGAAGCCAGGCCGGGGCAGACUGAGGAGACUCUCCCCGGCGUCUCCCAUGCAACUGCAUCUCACUGCCGUCAAGUGGAGUUGGGACGAGCGCACUCUCUGAGCAGCGGCAUCCCGUCAGCGUUCCUCACAUUUUAUGCUCAGCACAGAUCAAGAGGCUUGACUGUGGCUUCCCCAUUCCUCCCACCCCACUCGUUCCAUUUUAGAGUAGACCCUCACCUGUCACUGAAAGUGGUUUGAGAAUGAAUAAACGUCAGCACCAUGGACAGA